GUGACAUAUUCCAGAAAUAAUGUUCUGAUCAUCCACUGUUUGGCACAAUGUGGGAACUACAGUAUGUCAUAAAAAUGUCUUUCAAAAUGAUUCAAAAUACUGCUUUUUUUCUAAAUGAUCUAGCAUAUGUUUGGAUAUUUGAAAUUGUCAGUCAUCUAGAAAUCACAGGUGUAGGGCAGGCUGGGCUCAAAACCAUUGACUAUUACAAUGGCCAUCUUCUCAUUCUACACAGAGAAGCUAGAGUGGUUCUGAGUUACUUCUACAUGAGCAAAAAAUAAGGGUGCCUCCUGUUCCUGAAGGCAACUGAUUUUCUUACAGGAUCCAGAACAAAUGGUGAGAAAUGGGGGAAACUGGCAAAUUCAGGAGCAACAGCUGGGAAGCUGCCAUCUUUAUCCACAUUACUGUCAAAAUGGAGUGAUGGCUUAGAUGACUUCAAAACAGAAGUAAUUUUAAAACAGGAACAGUACAGAGAGUAUAACAGAUGGCUCUAGACAUCAGUUGUCAAACACUGCAACACAAUCCUAACAUCUAUGUACUCAGAAAGGUGUCCUUAAACAAAUAAUUAAAAAGAAAAAUAGUGAGAUCUUAGCCUGGAUAAGAACCCUUUGGCAAUGUGCAAACAAAAUAUGGCAUCAGUGUAAGAAACUCUUCCUUUUCUCCAUCUUCUGUGCGUAAAAAGGUCCACGGUCUCCAACAUGGUUUGAUAAGCCUCAUAAGAAGGUCUUAUGGACCAAAUCAAGCCUACCAACCCAAAGUUCCCUAUUGGACUUGGAGGUGAAAUGAAUCCAACUCUACACACCCAUUUAGUUAUCUCUAUUUGACCCCCUCACCAAUAAUUUUAGAAAAACCAGUCCCACCCUUUCUUGUGAUGUUGCUAUGUCACUGUCACAUCUGCUGUGGCUCUUUGAGGUUGAAUGUAUUAUAUUAAAUCCUGCUGCAGGACUGUGAUCUCCCUGAGUUAAUGUUUAAGGAAAUGUUAGCUCUUCACGAAAGCAAUAUUUUGAAAGUUGGAAAAGUUUAUUUAUUCAUUACUGGGCUUUGCGAUAUAGUGGGUAUAAUGUAUAUGGUUUUGGGGGAGAUUUGAAAGACAAUGGGUCAAUUGUGAUUGGUUAGCUUCUGGCCCAGCAAGGUAUAUAAAGGGAGCUAUGUUACUGUAUCUUUGCUAAAGUCACACACUAUAUUAAAGAGCUUUUGUCACGCACUACCUUGCUUCUGCCUCCUCAAUCGCCCAAUUUAACAUUGCCGAUGAAGGUGGGAUUGAGACAACGAGAAGCAAGCUGAGAAAGAGCUGACAACGACGGAUUCAGCCAGGCGGACGAGCCCCAUACAGAGCAGGACUACCACGAUGUCUGCGUAUGUACCACUAACGCCUUUCAAUCCAGCCAGAGAGAAGUGGGGGUCAUAUAUGGCUUGGUUCGAGUGUUUCCUGGAGGCCAGCAAUCUACGGGCCUCUCCAACAACAGGAAGCGAGCACUAUUCCUGAGCCACUGUGGACCAGAGGUUUUCGACAUGGCUGACUUGCUAUCGGAACCGACCCUGGUCCAGACGGUAUCGUGGCAGGCCUUGCUAGCUUCACUGAAGGCCCACUACGCCCUGGUACCCUCCAAAUUCAUCCAGAAGUACGAGUUCCGGCAAUGGCUGCAGCGAGAAGGCGAACCGAUCAGCACUUACAUGGCCACCCUGAGCAAGGGAGCGACGCACUGUGAGUACCGAGACCUUGAUGAUGCGCUCCUAGAGCAACUAAUCUGCAGUGUUAGAGAUAUUCCCCUACAGAGAAGACUGCUUGCCAGGUCCAAUCUAAUGCUCCACAUCGCUCUUGACGAGGCAAGAGCACACGAAUCCUCCACCAAGGCUGCAGAGACCCUGCAAACGGCCAGCACCAUUGCAAGCGAUGUCAAGGUCAACACGGGUGCACCGCGAGGCAACCCAGACCGACAACAAGGAAGAGUCCAACAAAGACGUCUUCCAAACAGAAAGGCACAAAAGGGAGCAGAAAGAGCGUCGAGAGAACUGUGCGAGCUGCAGAGGUUCCCAUCAAUGACAGAAUUGCAAGUUCAAGGGCGCCAUUUGCACUGUGACAAAAGGGGACAUUUAGCAAGGGUCUGCCGGGCGAGUCUAUCAUCCAACCACAAGCAAAGGAGCGGAGCCAGCCAAUCAGAGCCGGUGCGGCACAAGAGGACCAACAAAGAUGGUGAUUCAAAAAAGGGUGCGAACUUCUGGAAUCAUGAGACCUGCAGCACCAGGGUCGGCCAAGCCAGCAUGUAGACCAAAAAGAAAGUCCACACCAUGGUGGAGAUAGAGGGGAGCCCUUGCGAAAUGGAGAUCGAUACCGGAUCAUCUCUAUCCAUCAUGUCCUGGACCACCCUGAAAGCGGCGAUGCCCAGCUUGAAGAAGGGUCAACUACAGCCUCAGCGGCUUCGGGACUACCAAGGAAACCACAUCCCUGUGGAAGAAGUAGGCACGUUCCAGGUUGAGUAUGGAGAGCACCGAAAGAAGCUUCCCCUCACCGUGGUCAGCGGGCAUCUACCGAGCCUCCUGGGUCUGGGCUGGUUUAAGGCCCUUGGAAUGGGAUUCACCAGAGU